AAUAAUAUAGUUAUAUUAACAGAAGCUGGCAUUUUUAUUUUUCAAUUAAUCAACGAUGAGAAUUUAGUUUCUUUGAGUUACUAUCACAUGUUAACUAAUAUUUAUGAAAAUAUAGGAGAUUAUGAUGGUGAUAAAUUAAUUCGUGGAUGGGUAUCAUAUGUUCAAGAGAAUAAGCAAAAAUUUUUAGAACACCUCCCUCAUUUAUUAAAAUUCACGGCUGAUGCAGAAUUAACAGAUGAAAUUUAUAAUUAUGUUAAAUUGAAUAGAGAAGAUAUUUUAAAAUAUGGUUCUACAAUAUUAAAAAAAGCGAUUAAGCUACAAGCUUCAAACUUAAUAGAGAAAAUUUAUAAUGAAUGUUUAGAUCUCUUUAAAAAAGAUUUAGAAAACAAUAAUGCAUUCUUAAGCAUUAUAAAUAAAUCAAUGCCAUCAUUGGAUAAACAUUAUCCCGAAUAUAUUGCAAGAUAUUCAUCAGAUACAAAUAUGAUCAUAGAUUCUCCAAAAUAUAAAAUCGAACUACUAAAUACAACACAUCUUUAUCCUUUUUCCAAUAUUGGUAUUGUUAAUUUAACGCCAUCUAUUGUUUGGACAAAAUAUACUGCUCAAGAAGAAUAUAGCUGGUGGGAAUUAAUUAAGCCGAAACCUAGUCCAUUUGUAAAAACAAUAAAUAGAGAAAUAUACAAAACAUGGAAUGGUGAAGCAUUAAUUAAUUUCAAGUGGAAUUUAUAUGGAAGUUAUUAUUAUUAUGGAAUUUGGUUGCUAUUUACCGCCUUAUUAGCAUGCUUUACGGCUGCUUCAACAUAUUCUGAAGAUAUUGUAUCUGAAGGCAUCAGAAAUCCACUUUUAAAAGCCACAAUAGUACUUGGAAUUAUUCACUUAAAUUUCGAACUUCGCCAGAUAUAUUAUGAUCCCAUUAAAUGGUUUAUUGAUCCUUGGAACUAUUUUGAUUUUGGAGCGUAUUUAGUUCCUACCAUUGCAUCUUUUUAUUGGUUACUUACAAAAGAUAAACCCCAUUUUUGGCUUUCAAUUUCAUGUCUUUUAUUAGAUUUUAAAUUUUUAUUGUUUUUCAGAGCAUUCGAAUUAUUUGGUGUUUAUUUUGUAAUUGUCGUUAGUGUUGCGAAGAAGAUUGCUUCCUUUUUGGUUAUUUUAUUUAUUGUACUUUUGAGUUUUGCUCACGCCUUUUGGAUUCUGUUAAAACCGAGAAAAGAUUAUGAUUUAAAUACACCACCACCUGAAGGCAAUGAUGAUCCCAAUAAUCCUUGGGAAUUAACUGAUAAAUAUACUCAAAUAUUAGACGAUGGAACCAAUGAAACAUAUGUUCAACAACCUGAUAAGAAUACGAACAUGUUUACUACUUAUAGAACUUCACUUUUAUCAAUGUAUUUAUAUCUCACGGGCGAUCCAAAUGCUUUACCCAACUGGGAAUAUCUUGAUAAUCCAAAACUUACCAUACUAAUGGUUUUAUUCUCUUUAUUAAUUGCUGUGUACCUAAUGAAUUUGUUGAUUGGAUUACUCAGUAACGCUAUUGAUGAAGAUAAUAAUAGAGCUUCGUAUUUUAUGCAAAAGGCGAGGAUUUUGGAAGAAAUCGAAUUAUUUUACUUAUUUCCAAAUCAGAGACGUUGGAAAACCUGGUUUCCUGACGUGAUAUAUUAUCACGCCAAUGUUGAAGAGACACGUAAAGAAAUUCAGAAACUAAUUCAAAAUGAAUCUCAUACUGAGAAAUUUUCAGAUAUGAAGGAAGAAUUACGAAAGAUUUAA